CGGCCUGUGAGGGGAAUGGGUGAGCGGCCUCAGCCUAGUCCGCAGCCCAAUUCUCCCGCCGCACGUCCCAGCCUCCCCCCACUCCAGCUUCCCACCCCGCUCUUGCUCCCUCUCCAGCCAGGCCCCGGAGCCCGAAGCGCAUGCGCCCUCCCGCGCCCUUGCCCAGCUUUCCACGUUACACUGCCCUCCCUUUCCCUCCGCAACUCCCGCUCUACCGCCACGAUUGGCCAAAAGACCUCUUCGCCUCGGCCAAUAAACGCCGACCUGUCGCCUCCGUGUUACUGGGUAGAACAAAACAAAAACAGAGCAAAACUGGCCAGAGACGCUUCGAGGCGGCUGCAGGGGCUGAGGUGCUGCGUCGGGGCCGGCGGACCAGGGACGUGGACAAGCGGCGGCGGCGGCCCAAGGGAGCCUGAUAAUUUAAGUGACUCUCUCUUUUCUGGCGAUGAAGAAAAUGCUGGGACUGAGGAAAUAAAGAAUGAGAUAAAUGGAAAUUGGAUUUCGGCAUCCUCCAUUAAUGAAGCUAGAAUUAAUGCCAAGGCGAAAAGGCGGCUACGGAAAAACUCGUCCCGGGACUCUGGCAGAGGCGAUUCCGUCAGUGAUAACGGAAGUGAAGGCCUUAGAAGUGGAGUAACUGUACCAACCAGUCCAAAGGGAAGGUUGCUAGAUAGGCGAUCCAGAUCUGGGAAAGGAAGGGGACUACCAAAGAAAGGUGGUGCUGGAGGCAAAGGUGUCUGGGGUACACCUGGACAGGUAUAUGAUGUGGAGGAGGUGGAUGUGAAAGAUCCUAACUAUGAUGAUGACCAGGAAAACUGUGUUUAUGAAACUGUAGUUUUGCCUUUGGAUGAAACGGCAUUUGAGAAGACUUUAACACCAAUCAUACAGGAAUAUUUUGAGCACGGAGAUACUAAUGAAGUUGCGGAAAUGCUAAGAGAUUUAAAUCUUGGCGAAAUGAAAAGUGGAGUACCAGUGUUGGCAGUGUCAUUGGCGUUGGAGGGAAAAGCUAGUCAUAGAGAAAUGACAUCUAAGCUUCUUUCUGACCUUUGUGGGACAGUAAUGAGCACAAAUGAUGUAGAAAAAUCAUUUGAUAAAUUGUUGAAAGAUCUACCUGAAUUAGCAUUGGAUACUCCUAGAGCACCACAGUUGGUGGGCCAGUUUAUUGCUAGAGCUGUUGGAGAUGGAAUUUUAUGUAAUACCUAUAUUGAUAGUUACAAAGGAACUGUAGAUUGUGUACAGGCUAGAGCUGCUCUGGACAAGGCUACCGUGCUUCUGAGUAUGUCUAAAGGUGGAAAGCGCAAGGACAGUGUUUGGGGCUCUGGAGGUGGGCAGCAGUCUCUUAACCACCUUGUUAAAGAGAUUGAUAUGCUGCUGAAAGAGUAUUUACUCUCUGGAGACAUAUCUGAAGCUGAACAUUGCCUUAAGGAACUGGAAGUACCUCAUUUUCACCAUGAGCUUGUAUAUGAAGCCAUUGUAAUGGUUUUAGAGUCAACUGGAGAAAGUACAUUUAAGAUGAUUUUGGACUUAUUAAAAUCUCUUUGGAAAUCUUCUACCAUUACUCUAGACCAAAUGAAAAGAGGUUAUGAGAGAAUUUACAAUGAAAUUCCAGACAUUAAUCUGGAUGUCCCACAUUCAUACUCUGUGCUUGAGCGAUUUGUAGAAGAAUGUUUUCAGGCUGGAAUAAUUUCCAGACAACUCAGAGAUCUUUGUCCCUCAAGGGGCAGAAAACGUUUUGUAAGUGAAGGAGAUGGAGGUCGUCUUAAACCAGAGAGCUACUGAAUAUAAGAACUCUUGCAGUCUUAGAUGUUAUAAAAAAUAUAUAUAUCUGAAUUGUAAGAGUUGUUAGCACAGGUUUUUGGUUUUUUUUUUUUUAGCACUUGUUUUGGGUACAAGGCAUUUCUGAAAUUUUGUAAACUUACAUUUAAGGGAAAUUUUUAAAGGAAGUGUUUUUUCUUUUCUUUUUUUUUUUUGUGAGGGUGUAAAGGAGGGACAGAAAAGUAACCACUUCUUAAGUGGGAUAUUCUCAUAAGCUACCUUUUUUAUGUGCCAUGUUUAUGACCUAAUCAUUCCAAGUUUUGCAUUGAUGUCUGACUGCCACUCCUUUCUUUCAAGGACAGUGUUUUUGUAGUAAAAUCACUGGUUUAUACAGAGCUUUAUUUAGGGGGUAAAGUUAAGCUGCUAAAACCCCAUGUUGGCUGCUGCUGUUGAAAUACUGUGCUUUGGGAGUAAAAAAAAAAAAAAAAAUUUCUUUGUCUUAAAGAAUUUUAAAAAAAUGAGUUAGUUAUGAGACUUAUUCAUCUUUCCAGGGAACAUAUUGCUCGGUCUUAAAGACUAGACAGUUAAGUAAAUGGUGGCUGGAACAUCUAUUUUUCUACAAAACUGGAUGAAUGAACCCAGUUCUAGAAGAAUGUAUGACAAAAUAAAACGUGAAGCCGUGUUGAUUCUUUA